AUGCCCAGGACAAUGACCUCCAUGACAACGACCAAAACGUCGAGGACGAUGACCACUGGGACCACCACCUCCAGGACAAUGACUGCUGGGACAGCAAGGAGUCUGAUUUUCAACUAUUGGUGCCACGAGCUUGUUGCUGCUUUUUUGCCAGAUCUAGUGCAUGGUCAAGCUUUCGUCCUGGUUGGAGGCACUCUUUGCGCUCAAGGGGUGCGUCAGGAAACCAUUGCUUGGCCUUGCGCAAACAGCAUCUUUGUCCACUUGAUGCCUCACGGACCUUCAUUUAUUUCACCAUAUCUUGUCGUUUCAUUCAGGCUAUGCUUAAGGCAUGCCAAGACCACAUGA